AUGAUCUCUACCCAGGACGACUGGGCCGCCAACCUGGCCGAGCACUCCAAGCUUGAGGAGCUCUCUGGCUGUUCUGUCGCUAUCGAUGCCGCCGACCACCUUAAUCGUCUACUCAACGACCCUCAAUGGAAGGAGCCGCUGCUCCCCGCCCUGGGCGGUCUGCCGUUUUCUAUGAAGCGCCUGGUGCUCGACGACCUGCAGCGCUGGAAGAACCACAACAUCACACCGUUCUUCGUCUUCAACGGUCUGGACUUUGGCAAGCGCGAUAAAUCCUUCCGCACCUCAGACGAAGCCUCGCGCGUCACCGCCGAAGCUUGGGAGCUCUACAACCAGAGUGAGGCCGAACGCGCUGUGUCCACGUUUGGGGAGGCUCCUUCGACCAGGACCGAUGACUACCUGCGCAACUUCCAGUUUCUCUUGAACGAGGCCGGCGCCGAGUUCAUUGUCGCACCUUACACCGCGUGGGCCCAGCUCGCAUACCUCGAGAAGAACGCCAAGCAUCAAUGGCAAGCCAUCGCUGGUCCGUCCGAGCUGCUUUUCUUCGACAUCGAGAGAGUGAUCACAGCAUGGGAUUGGGAGCGCGGCGAGUUCACGUGGAUGGGGAGGCGGCAGUGCAUGAGCGAUUUGGGCAACCUGGGCCCCGACCAAUUCGUCGAUGCAUGCCUGUUGGCAGGCUCUGAGCUGCUGCCUCCUCUGCCCAUGCUCGAAACUCGCAGGAACAAGCCUAAGAUCAGGAGUGCUGUCGAGAUGAUGAUGUCACUAGGUCGUACCGGCAUGUCUGUCUGCCAGAACUACCAAGAUGACCCUAAGCUCCGCUCCAUGAACUACACCGACCGGUUCAUGCGCGCCAAGAUGUCCAUUCAACACCACAUUGUUCUCACCCUUGACGGCAAAGUCGAAGUCCUGAACAACGAACACGCCCCCAGCGAUAUUCACGAGUUCAUGAGCCAGCGCCUUCCCGAUGAGGUCUACUUCUAUCUCUCCAGGGGCGCAAUUGGCUCGAGGGUUUUGACUGUGCGUACGUCUGCGGAAAUCAUCGAGAUUGCUCCGCUGGACGGUGGUGAAUCCCAAGAAUACCGUGAGCUCGUGCGCGACCAGCUUAUUCCCCUUCGCAACACUACCAUUUCCCUCCUCUCGUCGUCUCUUCACCGCUUCUACCAGCAUAAGAACGUAAACCUGUACACAUGGUUCGACCGCACCAAUGCCAAGCCUAUCACGUUGAGGGAUACGUCGGACUUCCGCCCCAUCCUGAGCAACUGGAACGUGAAGGCAGCGCUGAUCCAGGAGAAGGUCAAGUCGUUGGAGGGAGCAGAGACAAUCGGCUUUGCAAUCCAGUCUCUGAAGGAUGCCGACUUUGCUGCGAAGACAUUGACUAAGAAGGACACUUCGAAGCUUCUGAGCGCCAGUGAUGAGCUUCUUUACAACUCAGUCUGGCGAUUCUUGCAGCUGCGCGAGUUUGUUGACGCUAAGCACAACCUCACGCCGUGGGGUGAGGCUCUGAACGCCGCCAUCACGGCGCUCAAUGGGCGCUCUGAGCUAGAGGAGUCUGUUUUCAUCGCUAUGGAGCUUGCCCGCCUCAACAUCCUCACCUCUAAGAACAUGUUCCCUUCAUACGGCGGUCCGCCCAUCCGCGGUUCCGAGGCGGACAAGCGCAACAAUCUCCUUGUAUCACGCGUCGCUUGCUUGGGCAGACUCCGCCACAAGCCCAUCGGCUUCACCGGCCCACUGAGCAGGCACCUGCUGGGCUACCACUCGGUGAUCUCUUCGGUGCGCAGCAGCCUUCGUGAUCUCGCCGAAGUCAGCCUUACGACCCUCCUUCUCAACGGUGAUGCCGAGCGUGACCGCAGCGACUACACGGAUCUCGGGAUCAAGCUUCCCUUUGGCAUCCCCAACGACUGUGCGAUGGGUAUCGCGGUCAAGUCCUACCUCGAUGAACUUCACAUCCAGUCUGACCCGACGACCCCCGAGGCAAAGGCCGGCACCAAGACUCGUGCGGCUCGUGAUUGGUUCCCUGAGAGUAUUGAUUUCAUCGGCGAUCUUGACAUUGCCUUCAAGCUGUGGGACGCCGUAUACGCCGGUAUCAAGAAGGCAAGUGAAAGUGGUCUGGUGAGAGAUGGCGCAGCUUGGGACGAGGUGAACAAGUGGCUUGGUCCUAGACGCUGA